AUGACGUCUGCGAUUCAUCUUCGUCUUCUUGUUAUACUGCUUCCUAUAUUAUUAUUAAGCAACGCAAUGAACUGGAUCGAGUUGGAGGCAGAAUUUGAGUCGGUAGAGCGUUGGCCCUGGUCCGGUGAUGACGAAGCCGAUUCUAGCGACAGAAUUCUUGGUAUUCGUGAUAACCAAAACAAUACGAAGGCUACUGUCAAAAGAGACAGUCACUCUGAACGUAAACCACCAUCAACUGAGGGUCACUAUGACUACAGUGAAGUGAUUCACUUGUCAAUUCGCUUCUACGAAGCACAGCGUUCGGGACAAUUACCAAGCAACAAACGCAUAGCUUGGAGGGGGCAUUCAGCUCUCAACGAUAAGGGCAAAUCUCGCGUCGAAGAUCUUAUUGGAGGUUGGUAUGAUGGCGGCGGUAACAUGAAGUUUGUCUUUCCAAUGGCGUACAGCGCAACCGUGUUAGCGUGGGGAAUGAUAGAGUAUAAAGAUACCUACGAUGUCGCAGGCCUCACUCCCUACAUGAUGGACUCACUGAAAUGGGCUUAUGAUUUUUUCAUCAAGUGCCACGCAAAAAGAAACCGUUUGUUUUAUCAGAUCGGCGAUGUCGAACUCGAAAAAACACAAUGGAAUCGUCCAGAAGAUUCAACCAUGGACGCGGAACGACCGGCCUUUUAUGCGGACAUGAAUAACCCUGCAAGUGACGUGGCGGCUACAGUGUCUGCUUCAUUCGCCACUUGUUAUCUCAUAUUUAAAGACAAAGAUCCAGAGUACGCAUCGAUUUGUUUGAAUGAAGCUAAAGACCUUUAUCGGUUCGCCACACAGUUCCCAGGUCGUUAUCAAGACAUGGGGUCUUAUGCGUCGACUGACCACAUAGACGAUAUGGUAUGGGCAGCUGCAUGGCUGUAUCGCGCCACCAACGAUAAUAAGUACAUGGACGAUGCAAAGAGAAUGUACGACGAAUCCUAUUUCAGUCGUCGCUCAUUUGCAUUCGGUUGGGAUGACAAACGACCGGGGGUUAACAUGCUUAUGUGCAUAUUAACGGGUGAAAAUCAGUACAGAGAUUACUUAGUACGUUAUCUUCAGUCAUGGCUGCCAGGGGAAAGAGUACAGUAUACACCAAAAGGACUGGCAUGGCGAGUGAAAAAAACACCACUUCGAUAUACUGCCGCCACAGCUUUCUUGGCAUUGAUGGCAGCCGACUAUGGAAUCGAAGCCGAGGUUUACCGUAGCUUUGCUGUUAGGCAAAUACAUUAUAUGUUGGGUGACUCCGAACGUAGUUUCGUGGUGGGAUACGGACAUAAAAGUCCAACAAGACCAAGACAUAGAGCAAGUUCUUGUCCAGAUUUGUCUCUCCCAUGUACCUGGCAGAAUAGCUUCAGAUGGGAUGGUCCUAACCACCAUACAUUGUACGGUGCUUUGGUCGGAGGACCAGAUGUCGACGAUAGUUUCGAAGACAGUCGUGUAAAUGUUGCACAGAGUAGUGUUUCGUGCGACCAAAAUGCAGGGUUCCAAUCCGCCCUUGCAGGAUUGAGGCACCUAGAACUGCGUGGUCAUGAGUAUGUUUACGCGAGUGAGCAACCAAUGCACAAAUUUCUGAAAAAUCCACUGAACAUGAAGAAUUCACCACGAGAGUGA